UCUGCUGUUGUGUUGGAGAUCACUCUGAGAGAAGCAGUCGAGCUCUGACUCUGUAUCGCACAGUCAUUGCUGCUGUCUGACUAGCCGCUCUCCUAGCCAACUUUUUCUAUGCAACUGUUGCGCGUCUCCACUUUGGAUAGAAAUAGCCUGAUAACUGCGCGCCGCAGAGCGCAAAGGAUCUGAGAAGCUCUGGUUUGAACGAGUGAGAGAGAUCUCUCCUCCGGACUGCAAUGCAAUGAGGAAAUUCUGAGUUGGCAGAACUCAUCCGUCCACUCUACGCUUCCUUUGGCUGUUACCAAAUGGUUAGCCGAUGAGCAGGUAUCCUCUUGAGUGUGAUUCUGUUUUCACCCAGAUCUCUGCUGCCUGGACAAAUGCAUACAAAUGCAUUUAGGAGCUCAACGGACAAGGAGUGGACACGUUUCCGCGGCAGCAACGUGGAACUUUAUCCUGCUCCUGUCAGUAUGCUCAGCAGUACUCUCUGCAGAAGAAGACUACUUAGCUCAAGGAGUGGAUAUCCUCUAUCAACUGGGGCUUACAGCUCAAAGCAGCAGAGGCGAAGGGACAAGCCCACCAUCAACUACUUACACCACUGUUCCCUCGUCUUUGAAUUUUCCAGUUUCUGGAUAUGGGGUAUUACUCGACUCAAACUCCCUCUAUGAGGCUCCAGCAGGCAGUCUGUUCUCACCUGAGAUUGGCGAGGAGUUCUCUGUCGUUGUUAGCCUAAGCUCAUGGCGAGCAAACAAUGCUUUUCUUUUUAGUGUCAGAGAUGGCAGGGACAGGCUGCGAUUUGGCAUCCAGCUGCUGCCACGCAGAGUGGUGGUUUACACUGCUGAGAAAGCCUCCAUCUACUUCAACCACAACUGGCAGGAUGGGCACCAGCACCAUUUUGCUGUUGGUGUACGUGCGCGCUCAGUAUCCUUCUAUGCAGAUUGUGGGGCGGUGCAGCAGCGAGAGCAGACCCUGGGGAGAUCCCAGACACUGGGAGAUUUUGGGGGUCUCUUCACACUUGGGAGGAUGAACUCAAAAGCGGCACCAUUUAAUGGUCGAGUCUGCCAACUAGAUAUCUAUCCUUCAGCCCAAGCUGCCGCGCACUACUGCAAAUACCUUAAAACACAGUGCCGGCUGGCCGACACUUACAGAUUGCCUUUGCCCCAUCCUGGUUCAGAUAUUGAGGCAAAUGACCGGCCUUCUGACCCCUUGAGUAUGUCUAUUGUUGGAGUAGCAGCUUCCCAUCAUACCCCCUUAAAAGCCACAGCAACUUUAAACGUGCCACCAGGUAGUAUGGUCACACAGCAUCCUCAAAUGGGGGAUCAGAGCCACAUUUCCAAAUUGGAUUCCCAUGCCCUCUCAACCAUAUCCUUACCCCAGGCUCACAGCCCGACCAUUGCUACUCUGAGUCGACGAGCAGUUCUGGAUCUAUCUGGAACUAUCACCACUACCAACAAUGUUUUGGAAAAAGAGAGUAGCCCUCAGGAGGACACUGUUGUCUCUGAAAACAGCACAGAGGAAUUGAGCAGCUCUGGGAGCCUGCAGACUCCAGAAGCCAAACCUGGCCUGAUUUCCCUAGUCAGGCAAAGUCGAGUGACGGAAGGACUCAGGAACAACUCCAUCACCAGCUCCAAGGACUCUCGCUCUGGGCCCCAUCCGACUCAUCACCUCCUGGAGACUCAUUUUAGAGCCAAUGGCACCACGUUGUACCGGGAGAAUCACGUUGACACAUCAGAACAGCAUGACCUGGACAGCAACUACGAUGAUGUAGACGUGGGAGAAUAUGAUUAUGGAUAUGAGGAUCCAGAAUAUUUUUAUGACUACGAAGAUGGUUUCCCUGGCCCCAAAGGAGAGCCAGGUCUUGCGGGUCCUCCUGGUCCCCCCGGUUUACCUGGUCCUUCAGGAAAAAGAGGUCCUCGGGGUCCCGUUGGUCCAAAUGGAAACCCAGGACAGCCUGGACCACUUGGGCCCAAGGGUUCAAAGGGAGAUCCCGGGCUGUCUCCAGGCCAGGCUCCAAAAGGAGAGAAGGGCGACAGAGGUCCGCCAGGUUUGCUUGGGCCGAAAGGAUUUCCAGGCCCACUGGGUCCUAAAGGUUAUCUUGGGCUUGCCGGACUGCAAGGAGUACAGGGCAUACCGGGACCUCCUGGGGAAGCCGGGGCUGCAGGUUACCCUGGCAGGCAGGGUGCAGCUGGGCCACAAGGUGACCCAGGGCCUAAAGGUGUCCGUGGUUUCAUUGGGCCUCCUGGCGUUGCUGGGCCACUCGGACCAGAGGGGGAGAAAGGCAUUCCUGGUCCUGUUGGAAAACCUGGUUCAAAAGGAAGACAUGGUGUGGUUGGCGAUGCGGGGGAGAGGGGGCCUCCUGGUCCUGAUGGCAAUGAGGGGCCUGUUGGUGGGAUUGGCAUUAGCGGCUUUCCUGGUCUGAGGGGGGACGCAGGGCCUGAGGGACUGCAAGGCCUGCCUGGUCUGAUGGGACCUCAGGGCCCACCAGGACGACAGGGCCUGCCUGGAUUGAAAGGUGAUAAGGCUGGAGUGGGACAUAUGGGCGAACCAGGAGAGAUGGGGAUCCAAGGUGACAAGGGGGGUGCUGGUGUACCUGGUCCUGCUGGGCCGAAGGGGAAACCAGGACCACCGGGUAAACUUGGUGAUAUGGGGACACAAGGACAAGCUGGGCCCCCAGGACCAGAGGGAUUUCCCGGGGACAUUGGAUUACCGGGGCCUAACGGACCACCGGGACCGAAGGGUUUGCAAGGUGCCAGAGGACCCCUAGGCCCACAAGGUCCACAAGGAACGCAGGGUGAUGAAGGACCACUCGGCCCACCUGGCAGCGCGGGCACUACUGGAAGACCUGGAAGGAAAGGCUUCAUAGGCGAACCUGGCCCAGACGGUUUAGAAGGAGAAAAAGGGGACAUUGGAAAUGUUGGAAAAAUCGGACCACAAGGUCCAAUAGGCCUCAUUGGGAUUGCUGGGGUGAUGGGAGUUCCCGGUGAAAAGGGUGACCGAGGACCAGCGGGCCCAACAGGUCCAGUCGGGGAGAAAGGGCCAAGGGGCUAUCCAGGGGUGCCAGGCGGUCCAGGGGACAUCGGCAUGCAGGGGCAACCUGGUCCAGCGGGGCAGACGGGGAGUCCAGGCACUGCUGGGUCAAAGGGCAGGAGGGGGCCCCGGGGUUCAGAUGGCCCACUCGGAGAACCAGGCCCUGAGGGCACCAAGGGUGAGAGGGGUGACAUUGGAACAAAAGGAGAGCCAGGAUUCAUCGGCAAGGCUGGCAGUCCAGGGGAGAGAGGCCCUCCUGGGAAGAAUGGAAAAGCUGGUAUUCCAGGCAACUCCGGGGAGACGGGACCCCACGGAGAACCAGGACCCAAAGGACCCCCUGGGGAGAAAGGACCUGAUGGAGAGCAAGGACCUGAAGGUGUGCCUGGUGCAGAGGGGGAACCGGGUGCCAUCGGAGAGCCGGGGUCAAAGGGUGAUGCCGGGCCUCCAGGAGCUGAAGGGGAGCAGGGGCCGGAGGGAUUGAGAGGUCUUUCUGGUCCCACUGGUGAAGACGGCCCUCAAGGAAAAGACGGACCCAAGGGUGAGCCUGGGGAAACUGGGCCAAUCGGAGAGCCAGGAGAAAAAGGAAUAGAAGGAGACCCUGGGCCCAUAGGACCACCCGGAGGGCCUGGGAAACAAGGCUUUCGUGGGCCCGAGGGAAAACUGGGGCCCCCAGGGAACAGAGGGCGGCACGGAAAGAAGGGAGAGAGAGGUCCUCUGGGUCUUGUCGGUGAGACUGGCUCUCGGGGAGACAUCGGCCAGCAAGGCGAGCCGGGGCUGAAAGGGGCCCGGGGAACUCGAGGCACACCAGGUCAGCCUGGAGCCAUGGGGGUAGAAGGGCAACCAGGACUGGCAGGUUACACAGGUCACCCUGGCAUGUCUGGGCCCAUUGGACCACCCGGGCCUAAAGGAGAAAAGGGUUAUCCAGGGGAGGACAAUAGGACCCCAGGACUGCCAGGGCCCUUAGGUGAACCAGGGCCCCCAGGAGAACGAGGGGAGCGUGGAGAGCCUGGGGAUGAAGGAUAUCAGGGCCAUGUUGGUACCACUGGACUUCGUGGGGCUGUUGGACCACAAGGCCCUCCGGGGUCCCCAGGCAUCCCUGGAGAAGCAGGUCCAAAAGGAGAGAUAGGAGCCCCGGGCUUGGCUGGAAAGAUUGGAGCAAGAGGGCUGACUGGAACUCCUGGCAUGGAAGGGCCAAUCGGUUUACCUGGACUCACAGGAAUGAUGGGUUACCCAGGGUCGGAUGGUCCCCCAGGACUGACUGGCCUACCAGGAUUUCCAGGAAAAAAAGGACGAAAGGGUCUGAAAAAUGUGGAUGGACAAGAGGGACCUGCUGGACGUCCAGGUCCCAGGGGAGAGAUUGGACUUCCUGGUCUACCUGGAGAAAGAGGACCCCCUGGACAGAAGGGAGAACUUGGACUGCUGGGGGACCGGGGAGCAGCGGGAAUCAAAGGCAUGGAGGGGUCUUCAGGGGACCAGGGCAGGACAGGUGACCUAGGACCCAAAGGACAACCAGGGGAAUCUGGAGAUCUGGGAUUGGUUGGUCUACAGGGCUUUCCAGGGCCAAUGGGGCCGCAUGGGGAUCUGGGAUUCAGAGGCUUCCCUGGCCCCAAAGGCCCAAUGGGCACUGUGGGAUUCACUGGACCCGUCGGCCCUGAAGGAAUGAUCGGCCCAAUGGGAAAACCUGGGCCAAGGGGUCCAAAAGGAAACGGUGGCGAAAUGGGGCCACAAGGACCACAGGGAAGUCCAGGACCAAGUGGACCCCCUGGGACUCCUGGUCCAACAAGGCAGAUGUAUGUCGACUCAGCAAUCUACGGUCUAUCUGAGUCAAAUGCUGCCCUGGGGACAGAGAGUUACCAGAACACAGAGAUGAGCCUUCCAGAGCAGAAUACAGAGAUCCUUAAGACUUUACACUACCUUAGCAGCGUGAUUGAGAGCAUCAAAACGCCUCUGGGCACGAGGGAGAACCCGGCUCGUGUCUGUAAAGAUCUGAUCGAGUGUGAUCACAAGCUGAAAGAUGGUUGGUUCUGGAUUGAUCCAAACCUGGGCUGUACCUCUGAUGCCUUCAAGGUCUUCUGCAACUUUACCGCAGGAGGGCAGACCUGUGUACAUCCAGUGGCUUCUGAUAAGAUGGUGUUUGGGGUAGGGAAAGUCCAAAUGAAGUUCCUCCACUUACUGAGCACUGAAGCCAGUCACAGCAUCAUGCUCCACUGCCUGAACGACCCUCCCUACGGCACCACCGGCAGCCUCAGCUCCACCGGACCCUCACAACGAGAAAACGGCACCCUACGGUUUCAGGGCUGGAACAAACAGAUGUUUGAGAAAGACACACUACUUGAACCACAUGUGCUGCAAGACGAGUGCAAGAUCCAAGAUGGCAGCUGGCACCAGUCACGUUUCUUCUUCCAUUCUCAGGACAGUCGUCAGCUUCCGAUUGUGAGCAUACAGGAAUUUCCCACAUCACAGCCCACUAGUCAGCGACGUAUAGAAAUCGGUCCGGUCUGCUUCCUUUGAACCCUGUAACAAAUUACAUGAACUAUUAAAAUGCAAGGCUGUUGCAAAAGCUGCCUACCAAAGAGCAAGUGUCUCUGACAGUGUUGUAAUCCACUAUGCGAGCAACAACUGCCCCAUGUACAAUCAAAAGCACGCUUACAUGGAAGAACUCAAUCUCUCCGGAACAUCCGGGCCAAGAAGGCCAAAGGAGAGGUGUAUACCAAUAUUUAUCAUAAAUUGUAUGUACAAAAGUAUGUUUUUCAUUGAUAAUUAGUCAAACGGUGCUUAGGUUGGCUGUACAGACAUCACUCCCUGAUCACAGGCCAGGGUCUCACUUAGCAGCAGCCUAUUCUAACCUCAAAAAUCACACCCCCCCCUCACGCCCAAGCGCACCCAGACAUCCACAACAGAGGCCUAACCCGAAGGAGCGUGCCAGGCCUCUACAUAGGAGCACUGUCUAUCCACAGUUUUUCUAUGAGUGCAAUAGCAUGUGCAUAAUGUGUGACUGCUUGAUAUUUCACUUUCCGAUCAAAGGCUACAUGUAUAUGAUACAUUGAUUUAACUUCCUUCGGUCCUGCCCAGUAUGACCCGUACAUCUUGACAGAUGGUGCUCUACCUCUACUUGGUCAAUUGCUUUCUAGAUAGUUGCUAAUAUCAAAUUAGUGUUUUUUUUGCCUUUGUGUUGUAUGUACCGGUUACAUCAAGAUUUGUUUUUUUGUCUAAGUACUUAUGUUCAUUUGGUCAUUUCUAAUUUAUGAACCAUUUUUUUAUACACUACAUUUUAUUGUAGCCUUUCCUUUUAAGUGGUAGGUUCUUCAGGGGAAACCUAUCAUUGGUGCUGCAAAACAGAAUGUUUCAUCAGUGAGUUUUACAUUUCCUGUGUAUAUAUGGACAGCAUACUGUAUGUUUAUUUAUAUCCUUUUUUGUUUGUGUUCACAUUACUGUACCACAGUAAGUUAUACUCUCAGAGAACUAUUUGGUCCAUCACAACUCAGUCUAAAAAAGUAUUUAUGUGUUAACGGUGUGUUUGUGUGUUCACGCCUGUGACUGUAUGUUUAUCAUACUGUCAUUUUGGUUUAGUCAGUGGUGGUUGGUUAGGUUCACUGGCAGCUACAUAGAGCCAGUCAGAUUACACAAAAACCCAUUCAUCAUAUUAAGUUAUGUUACCUUGAACAAAGUGUAAUUAUAUAAAGUUUGUGCAGGAUAAAGGUGGAUGCAAAUGUGUAAAUAAUAAAUAUGUUGUCAAACAAAUAAAU